AUGCCUCCAUCCAAGACUGAUUCGAUCAUCAUUGUUGGUGCUGGUGUAUUCGGCCUCAGCACUGCCCUAGAGCUGAAGCGCCGGGGCUAUACUGAUAUAACCGUUCUGGACCGGUACAACCCUCCCGCUGUCGACGGGAGCAGUGUGGAUAUCUCGCGCAUCAUUCGAAUUGAUUAUGCCGACCCAGUCUAUUGUCAAAUGGCCUAUGAGGCAUACCAGGGCUGGAAGACCGAAUACAAGGAGCACUACUACGAAUCCGGCUUUGCGCUUUUGUCAGAGACGCCAGAGAACGACUGGAUUACAAAGUCCGCAGCGACCGUGCGGGCCAAUGGUGGAACUGUUGAAGAUCUAGAUGAUGCGUCAAGCCUGCUCAAGUCAUACCCCAAUAUCCAAUCCAAUUUGGCUGGCAUGAGCGGAUACCUCAACCGCAGGGGUGGAUGGGCAGACGCCGCUGGAAGCAUUCAAAAGUUGGCUUCCCGCUGCAGUGUAGAAGGUAUCUCCAUCAUCACUGGGCCUCGUGGAAGUGUGGUAUCUCUCCUCCGGGAGGGCUCCCGGGUCGUGGGAGUCAAACUUAUCGAUGGAAGCUCUCUGCGUGCUUCUCAGCUUAUCUUGAGCACAGGUGCAUGGACGCCCCGCCUUCUGAACGUGGCACAUGCUGCAUCGUCUUCUGGACAACCUGUCGGUUUCAUUCAAUUGACCCAGGAGGAAGCACGCUCUCUGGAUAACACGCCUGUCAUGAUCAAUAUGACCACUGGCGUGUUCGUGUUCCCUCCAAGCCCUGGUAGCAAUAUCUUGAAGCUUGCACGUCACGGAUAUGGAUAUGCCAACGAGGUGACCGUCCAGGUGGACGGGGAGAAGCGCACCAUCUCAUCGCCCAAAUUCGAUAGCAGCAACUCGGAGACCGGAUACCUGCCCGAGGAUGCCGACGAGGAUCUGAGGAAGGGUCUACGUCAGUUCUUCCCCCAGUUUGCCGAUCGACCCUGGAUGAACCGCCGUUUGUGUUGGUACACGGAUACUCCCAAGGGUGAUUUCAUUAUCGACAACCACCCGAAUCUGCAGGGCCUCUUCGUGGCUACUGGAGGAGCAGGACAUGGUUUCAAAUUUCUCCCUAUCCUGGGUAAAUACAUUGCAGACUGCUUCGAGAAUAAAGCAUCUGAGGAACUACGACAGAAGUGGCGACUCCAGCCGCCACCUCGCGAUGCACCCAGUGGCAAUGGCAUGGAAGGUGAUGGUAGUCGCGCUGGUCCGCCCCUGCGGAAGCUUACCACAAUGGAGAAGGCCAAGCUAUAA